UGUUGUGUUGUGAGUUUGAGAAGUGAAUUGAGGCAAUGGCAAUGUUGAGAGUAUGUCAGUUACGAAUGGGAGUGUCCAUUCCAAAACCCUAUUCACCUUCAAUCUUGUUCUCCUUCACCUCUCUUUCAACUUCUCACUCUCAUUCCAGCACGAGUUUCACACACUCUCACUCUCACCCCAGAACCUUCCAUUUUCACUCACCUUCUCUUCCUCUUUCUCCCUUCACUUUCUUCAACCCUCCCAAAGCAACAGCUUCAUAUACCACUGGGAGUAGUGCUGAAGGUGGUAGGCAAAGGGAAAUUAUGGUGCAGCAUUUGUUGGUUAAAGAAGAUGAUCAGAAACUGCUAUUGGAUCUUCAACAGAGAAUCUCUGCUGGUGAAGAUUUGAGUGAUCUUGCUGUGGAAUAUUCAAUUUGCCCAUCCAAGGAAGAAGGAGGGAUGCUUGGUUGGGUGAGAAAGGGACAAAUGGUUCCUGAAUUUGAGGAGGCUGCGUUUAGUGCACCUUUAAACAAAGUUGUAAGGUGCAAAACAAAUUUUGGAUGGCACCUGCUGCAGGUUUUAUCUGAGAGGGAAGAAUCAAUACUUCAAGAUAUUCAACCUGAUGAGCUGCAUGUGAAAAUUCAAGAUCCCAACUUUUUGGAGGAGGCACAGUUAAUUGAUGUUCGAGAACCUGGAGAAGUGGCCAAAGCAUCUUUGCCAGGAUUUAAGGUUCUUCCCCUCCAACAAUUUGGAAGCUGGGGGCCUGAAAUAACUACCAAAUUCGACCCUCAAAAGGAUACAUAUGUUAUUUGUCAUCAUGGCGUGCGGUCAUUACAGGUUGCCAAGUGGUUGCAGUCACAGGGUUUUAGGAAAGUAUACAAUAUUUCUGGGGGUAUCCAUGCCUAUGCUGUGCAGGUUGAUCCAUCAGUCCCAAUAUACUGAUUUACAUAAUUCUGCCAUAAUAAAGUCCUUUAUUUUCCCCCUCCCUCCAUGCAAGCAAUUUUCCAUGUUUGUACAUUAGACCAAAAUUUUGUGUGAUGCCCGUGUCACCUAUAGGAAUUGGGAUUCUCUUUACUGAACAAACAGUAGAGAAGGAAAUAAGAAAUCU